CAGCCUUUGAACUGCCCGCAGACCCUGUCGUUCCCCAACAGUCCCAGUAGCAAGAGCCCUUGAACAGCCCGCAGACUCUGUCGUCCAGUCAGUGAUCACAGCCCCAAGAUGUCGCGAGGUCUCGUGCUUCUCAUCGUCGCCGCGGCGGCAGCGUCGACGCAGGCAGCCGAUUCGGCUUGCUUUUUGGCGUUGCUUGAUGCCCAAAUCGCUCUGUCACCGGGCUGGUCUGCUUGCAUGACGCAGUACAAUGCGGACAUUAUGAAAUUAAAUGCAGCUCCGAACUGCUCUUUCUACGCUGAAUCGUACGACGCGCCUACAUGCGAUCCAAUUGUUGCCAACUUUAUGAAGUGCGUGCUGAAAGCAGCCAAACUUCUGAAGGCAGACAACACGUUCGACGACGCGGCCUUCAAAGCAACCACAUUGCAGAACAAAUGCAGCGCUGACGCCAAGUUCAUAGCCGCCUACCCUACGUGCAAGAACUCCACCAUGAAAUAUUUGAACGUCGCCCGACUAAUCGCCUGUCUCCUGAGUGCUGUAUAUUGACGAGUGAUAUCACGGAAGAACAUGAACGGGUGAUGUCAUGGAAGUACAUGGAAAUGAGCCAGAAGAAGACGAACUGCAGCAGCAGAAGACUUUUCUUCUUGCGUAACCCAUUCAUUUCCGCUUAGAUGGAUUGAUGACGAGAAUAUUGUUAUUGUUGCAAUUUUGAAUUCGGGAUUUCAUCGGUUAUGUUUAUGGCUGCGUGUUUUAAUCGUUGGUUUACGGAUUUUCUUACAAUCGAGUUUCACCCUCUUCCCCAUAAAAUAAAGAUUGGGGAAAAGAUCGGUAGGAUACAUUUACUAUACAACCAUUAGGGUACUUUAUCCGUUUGCAUACAUUUUUACCGAGUUUCUGGGAUAUAAGCUACAUCUAUAUAAUAAGAAUAGAAUAAAUGAUUUGAAUGUU